AUGGCGGAACACACAUGUGAACUUGGAAAUUGACAGACCGCUCGUGAUAUUUGAGAUUCUCGCUGUUUUGUUCGUCAUGUGGAAGAAAAAACUCAUACAUUAGCGAAUUACGAUUUCAAAAAAUGUCUUUACAGAAAAAGGAAUAUCUAUCAUGCCACGAGCUUCUUAAAGAUAGACUCGCAAAAUUGGUUCUUAUUGAUGAAUCUGAUCCAAAGGAAGAGUCUCAAAUACUUAAAAACUUCCGAAAGCUCUUUAGGAUUAAAGAUGUGAAGCAACAGAUAGUUUGUCUUAAAGAGAUUUGCACUAAAGUCCAGGAGGUUAGCAGAAGAAAUGAAUCUGACUCUGAAUUAGAAUUAUCUCUAGAGAUUCUGGUGGAUAUUUACCUUAACUGCUCCCCAAAACACACAGUCAAAAGAUUACUGGCAAGCACCUUCCAGAAUUUCAGGGAUGACCUGAAAACAUUAGUGAGCACACGAAUGGUGCAUGAGGUCACAGUGAAGGUCACGGCUGGGGUCAAGGACAUCCAAGAUGGCAGGAAGACUGUCAACAUGAUCUACUGUCUGAUGGAAAACUUUCCUUUGGGUGAACAUUGUCUCUCUCAAGUCUUUCUGCCAGGUCUCAAAUACUUAUCCCAAGCUCUUGAGGAGUUCCUGGCUGCAAAAAGGUGUGAGUUGUCCCCUGUGGAGGAUAAUGAGAUGAUGCACCAUUGCCUGGCCUGUAUCCAAGCCUCCAGUAAGCUGCUACAGAAAUGUGCGGGGAGUCUGGAGGGCAGGGAAUCCGAUGCACAAGGAGCAAUUCAAUCUGUUUCAAUUGCCUUCCUUAACAACAUAGUUGUGAUUCUUAAAUCAGAAAACUUCCUGCUGGACUGUAAGACCAGUGGCAGCAUGUGUCUGACUCUACUGCUGAAGCUGAACCUGGGAUCAAAAGCAACAGAACUGAUUUUAGAUGUCAUUUUUCAUGAAAAUGUGAAGAAUAAAGCUGAACCACCUGGCUGGAUGUUACAGACAUCACUUUCCAGAGAUGAGCUAUCCCAGCUCUCCCCCACUUCCUGUUUGUGUCUGUGGUUUGGAAUUCUUGCUCAGCUAGAUGUUUCAGAUUUGCUAUUACACAAUGAAGACAACAGAAGUUUGCUACUAGAUAUCAUGUUGGACAGAAUAUUAGAUAUGGGAUCAAGAAGCUGUGACACAACAGGAAAGCUACAGAUGGCUAGAACUAUUCACAUGUGGACAACCAGAGCUCUAGCCUGUGUGCGAUCUGACUGCUGUGAUCGAGUUGUGACCAGCAGACUGUCUGGCCCAGGGCAUCUGUUACAAAAAGUACUCAAGUUUGUGUGGACAAUCUGGGAGGACUCAACAGAUGUAAUAAGGUUUACUGCUAAGGACAUCUUUGAAUCUCUAAUCAAGGUACACAAAGCAACAACUGAUGUUGAAGCACCAGAGGACCAGUUCCUACUGGAUCUAUCCAGAUCUUUGUUGUCUGAAGUCAGCUGGUCAAGCAAGGGGAAAUAUGGAACCCUAAGGAUACUAGCUGAGAGUCUGAAAGUGUCCGCUCUUCUCCAGUAUAACCCAGACCUAGCUCAGGACAUCCUCAACAACCUCAAGGAGCAGACAGUUGCCUGCUAUGCUAGUGACCUGUACGACAAGCUGUCGACAGAACACCUGAAGGAGCUCUCCCAACCAGAUAACAGGAAGCAGUGGCAGAAGAUAUGGGUGUGGCCUGUGCUGCAGUGCAUGAUGGGAAACAGCACACAUCAGCGCACCUAUGUUAUUGAGUAUAUCCUUCCAAAACUUCUGAAAACUGGGAAAGACACACUAGGCUGCAUGAUGUCAUCUCUCUGUAACAGCAGCCAGUCUGUUACAGAUGAGCAGCUGGGUGCCCUGAUCAUGUGUUUGAGGAGAGCGCGAGUCAUGGGUCUGUUGGACCAUGCUGUGUCAAAGUCGCCAGAGUUUUUGUAUGGAGUGGUGAAGACAGAGCUAGUUAAACAAGCCCUGAGUCACACUGAUGAUCAGGCUAGACUUGAUGCAUUUGCCUUACUCUGUGAAAACCACAAGACAUCGGAACCAAUCAACCAAUCAGAAUUUAGAUUACUUAAAUACUUCAUUCAGUGGAAUAUGAAGAACCAAUCACCAUCUUUCAGACAACACAUGGUAGCUCAUAUCAAAAAGCUUUUUCUGAGAUAUAAAGAAAGCGAGGGAGCUCUUUGUAGAAAGCUUAAUUCUAAAAAUAGACCCCAAGGGCUAGACACCACACUGUCAUCCUACAAGGCCUUUGGAUCAUGGCUGUUCCAGUUUCUGCUUCACUCCCUGUACCCAGGCUCAGCCUUUGCACGACGGACAACAGCACUGUCAGUUCUCUCUCUGAUGGUGGAUCUGUUGAGUCCUGCUAAUGCUGGGGGUUAUGUUAUAUGGGAAGAGUGGAAGGGAUGUCAUAUUCAGACACUAAUGGAAUGCCUGACAGACACAUUUGAAGACAACAAAACAGAGGCCUACAAAGUACUGAGAAGCUGCUUCAGCCAGGGGCUUUACCUUGAGAGAAUGAUCAAUAUGAGUGAGUCAGAACUGCUGGACAUAGGACUGACAUUGGCAGGCAGUAAUCGUCCCCAGGACUGCACCACAGGAGCCUUCCUUCUGAGAAUCCUGCUCCUUCAGCCUAGUAUUCAAGAUUUUUUCUUCAGUUCUCAGGAGAUCCUCACUAAACACCUCAGUCCUUCUGCUCUCACACAGUGGGGAGACUUAUUGAAUGGGGAGCAGCGUUUAAGGGAGGCUCUCCAGAAACUCCCCCUCCAACCCUCUGAGUCCUCGGGAGGAACAGUCUUGUUGCUGUGGAUUUUGUUGUUUUACCUCAAGGACCAGUUGCAAGUGGCAAGGACUGGAUUGUUUAUUGCAGCAGCAACCAAACCCAUGUAUCCCACAUUGCAUUGCAUCAGAUACAUCCUGUUUGAUGUUAAUCUAAAGAAGCUUUCUAAAAGUGAAAUGUUGCUAUGGCAGCCAUUAAUGGAGGAUCUUUUGUUCUGUUGCCUGGAAAUAUCUGACAUCGUCUCUCCAGUGGUACAAAACAGCUCUCCCGAGGGAAACGUUCCAGAGGAGGCCAUCAAAGGUGUGGAGUCUAUUUUUGCCUCGGAGGGUAAGACAGGCACCUCAGAGGAUAAGGUAAGCGCCUCUGAGGCGGAGCGCUGUGUGGAGACUGUCACACUGAUGCCUGAGUACCUCAUCGUCUGCUGCUGGAGAAAUGUCAAGGAAGUUUCACUGUUACUAGGACAACUGACAUUUGAAGCACCAAUCACAACACCUCAUACAUCAGACGUAGGACUCCUCACUGUCCAGCAGAAUGAAAUAAUAGGAGAAUACUUCAAGAAGCAGUUGAUGGAAUCCAUACAUAGGGGAGCAUUUGAGUUGGCCUGUGCUGGUUUUGUCAAACAGUGUGAAAUGUUGUGGAGGUGUAACAUUAAAACCCUCCAUCAGCUUCCAAAGUUAUGGUUAGACCAAGUCAUGGCUGAUGUAAAAAAUGAUGAUGAAAACAACAAGCUGUGUGCCACCAGAAGAAGUGCCGGCAUUCCGUUCUUUGUACAGACGUUGGUCAGUUCUGAACCUCACAGCACAGGUCGGCCAUGUUUUAAGUGGACAGUGAAAGAGCUGUUACAGCUAGCUCUGAUGGAGGAUACUGUGUCUGGGACCCCCUCCAACUCCAAGGUUCAUGCCUUGAACAUACUGCGAGCCCUGUACAAGGAUUCCAGACUGGGAGAAGUGGUGACUCCCUUUGUAGCUGAUGGUUUGAUGGCGGCCAUAUUAGGAUUUCAGUCCCCUUUCUGGGCAGUGAGGAACUCCUCCACCCUUCUACUCAGCACCAUGAUCACCAGAAUAUUUGGAGUCAAGAGAAGUAAGGACGAAUCCACUAUGUCCAAGAAGAACUGCCAGACAGGAAGACAGUUCUUCCACCAGUAUCCGUCACUUUAUCCUUUCCUCUUAGACCAGCUGGAAGUGGCAACUAGAAACAUCAGUGACACAGAUCAGCUGCACCUACAUCCUGGUUUGUACCCCGUACUGAUGAUUCUGGGACGACUAUUUCAGUCUCCACUAGAGGGCGCUGAUACCUCACUUAACUUGGCAGCUUUUAUUCCAUAUGUCAUCAGAUGCAGUUCCAGUCCUGUUUUAAAAACGAGAAUCAUGGCUGCCAGAGCAUUGCAACCUCUAGUACAGAAAGGUCAACUGAACUCUGUUAUGAUUCAAUUAUUGGACAUGAUCCCUGUUGAACCAAAGCAUGCUAAACACAGCCAUGUACAUGGUGCUCUGAUACAGAUUUUAAAUAUGCUUGAAGUGAUACUUACCAUGGCAGAUGAGAUUCAAUCUAUGGAGAGUUCAGUGUCAAAGUGGAAAGAUAAAAUGUGGCUUAUUAGCAAGAAAAAUCCAUGCUACAUGACAAAACAAGCAGCCUUUGAAGUGACAGAGAAAGUACUGUUGGUCAUGGAACAGUUGUCAUCUGCCCAGACCAAUAAUGUAACCAAAGAAAUAACCAACAGUAUGACAGAGGCUUUAAAUGAAGAGUUCAAGGCGGGAAUCCACAACAAGCAGACGUUAUGUUGCGUCCCUGGAUUUGUGGAGUAUCUGACCGUCAUCACAAAGCUUGAUCUACAGAUCACUUUAAGAGACGGCAAGUCCUCCUCCGCUGCGGACAUAGCAACAAAGAUACAAUCCCUGCUAGGGUCAGAGCUGUACGAGGUGCGACUUGUCGUGCUUGAUGUGCUAGCAUCAAACUUCACUGCGCAUAAACAAUGCAAGGAGCAUUCAGAUCCACCAGCAACUUGUCCUGUCACCAUGACAACCAUGUCGUCUGCUGCCAUAGAUGGUGUGAUGUCAUUGCUUCCAUAUCUUCUGGAGAGGGCCCUUCAUCAAGAACAACAUUUUGAAUGUCAAAUAAAGGUUUUUAAAGUUUUAGAUCUUCAUCCCUUGUUAGAGUCCAAAGACUGGAAGGACUUGUGUGUUAGAGAAAGUUCUCUACAGGUUCUUAAGCAAUGCUUGUGUCUGAUAGAAUCAUCAAGGAGGGAGGAAGUGAAUGCUGCCAUAAUUAGAUUCAGUCGGUGGUUGAUACGGGAUGUAUUACAACACUGGAUGGAUGAUUGCAUGGAGACUGUCGAUUCCUGGACGGCCAUUUUGAGAGACAGUGUGGGGACAGAAAAGAUCACAGACCUUCAGCUAAGUGUUGCCAUGGUGAUUCAACACAAUGCCCUUGACCUCCUCAGGGAAUGCCAGACGACAUUAGGCACCAAGAAAAUGUUUGAGUUCUGGGAAAUGCUGACCAACCUUCAGCAAGAAGAUGACCCUGAGGUCAGAGAGGUCAUCACCAUGACGCUUCAACUGCUGGGGAAUGCCAGAGCUGUUCAGCCGUCCUUGACCUUGGACUACCUGGUAAGGUCAUUCAUUGAUGUACAUGCUGCUACAAAGGGAGUUAACUGCCUGCUGACCCUCAUUUCAUGGAUUGUCAGCAAUGAAUCCUCAAGUGAGGGUUCAGAGCGGCUCUUUGACAAGAGUGAAAUGAACGUGUUCCGAGAGGAUGUUUUGUUUUAUCAGAUCAUACUGAAGUACUGCCUGGCCCUAAUUCAGCAUGGACACUUCAUAGCAUCACAAACCAAGCAUACAAACAACUCACAGCAUCCAGAACCAGACUCUCCCAAGGAGAGUGUGGCAUCAAGCUUCGACCAAGUUCUGUCACAGCUCUACCUAGUGGUGAACCGGGAGGAGAACGAUAUGGAAAUGUCCAUUACGACGCUGUCAAUAUUAGAAUCAGAUGUAAGGAAGGUCCUUGACCUGAUCCGAACAUUUAUGGAAACAAAGUCCCCAAGUUCAUUGACUAGUGACAAGGGGAGACCAUUUAUGAAGACUGGGGCAUUUCAGGAGAGUUUGUUGGACCGAUAUAAGUGCCAAGUGCUGGGGUUCAUCUACAAACUUCUCUCUGAUUUAACUGGGCUUUCAAAGAAUGAUGAUCAGCUACUAAUAUGUUUAAAGAACUUAAGUAAGGAAACAGAAAAUUCUACUUAUCCGAACUGUUUUGUUGCAAGUUGAUAAAUUGUUAAAGGAAUAUACUUACUAAUUGUGCAAAAGAGUCAAUUUUAGUAUCAUUGGUGCAAUAUUACAUAAUUUAUGUCUUCGGAAGUUUCUAUUAAAAAUAAAUUACUUAUAAUUCUU